UGAAGGGGGGCGCGGCGGCGCGGCGAGGGCUCGGCGGGCCAUUGGCUCCCGGCAGCGGCCAAGGCAGCUUGGGGACCAGAAGAGCUAGCGGGGCCCGCGGGCCGGGCCGGGACGAGCUGGGCUGCAGCCAUGGAGGACCAGAGGGAGGCUCUGCGGAAGAUCAUCACCACGCUGGCUGUGAAGAAUGAAGAGAUUCAGAGUUUUAUCUACUCCCUCAAGCAGAUGCUGCUGAACAUGGAGGCGAACUCGGCCAAGGUGCAGGAGGACCUGGAGGCGGAGUUCCAGUCCCUUUUCUCCCUCCUGGAGGAGCUGAAGGAGGGGAUGCUCAUGAAGAUAAAACAGGACCGUGCCAGCCGAACCUACGAGCUGCAGAACCAGCUGGCUGCCUGCACGCGGGCCCUGGAGAGCUCUGAGGAGCUUCUGGAGACGGCCAACCAGACCCUGCAGGCCACAGACAGCGAAGACUUUCCUCAGGCUGCCAAGCAACUCAAAGAUGGUGUGACCAUGGCCCCUGCCUUCCGGCUGUCACUGAAAGCCAAGGUCAGCGACAACAUGAGUCACCUCAUGGUGGACUUUGCCCAGGAGAGGAGGAUGCUACAGGCACUCAAGUUCCUGCCGGUCCCCAGUGCCCCUGUGAUCGACCUGGCCGAGACUCUGGUGGCAGACAACUGUGUGACGCUGGUGUGGCGCAUGCCGGAGGAGGACAGCAAGAUCGACCACUACGUGCUGGAGUACCGGCGGACAAACUUCGAGGGCCCGCCCCGCCUCAAGGAGGACCAGCCCUGGAUGGUUGUGGAGGGCAUCCGGCAGACGGAGUACACCCUGACCGGCCUCAAGUUUGACAUGAAAUACAUGAAUUUCCGCGUGAAGGCCUGCAAUAAGGCAGUUGCAGGCGAGUUCUCCGAGCCAGUGACUCUGGAGACACCAGCGUUCAUGUUCCGCCUGGAUGCGUCCACAUCCCACCAGAACCUCCGGGUGGAUGAUCUCUCCGUGGAGUGGGACGCCAUGGGCGGGAAGGUGCAGGACAUCAAAGCUCGAGAGAAAGACGGCAAGGGGCGGACGGCAUCUCCCGUCAACUCCCCGGCCAGGGGUACUCCAUCUCCCAAGAGGAUACCCUCAGGUCGUGGGGGACGGGAUCGCUUCACAGCUGAGUCCUACACGGUGCUAGGGGACACGUUGAUCGACGGCGGGGAACAUUACUGGGAGGUGCACUACGAGCCAGACAGCAAGGCAUUCGGCGUGGGGGUGGCCUACCGCAGCCUGGGCCGCUUCGAGCAGCUAGGCAAGACCGCGGCGUCCUGGUGCCUGCACAUCAACAACUGGCUGCAGGUCAGCUUCACCGCCAAGCAUGCCAACAAGGCCAAGGUGCUGGAUGCCCCCGUGCCUGACUGCCUGGGCGUGCACUGCGACUUCCACCAAGGCCUCCUGUCCUUCUACAACGCCCGCACCAAACAGCUGCUGCACACCUUCAAGGCCAAGUUCACUCAGCCACUGCUGCCUGCUUUCACAGUUUGGUGUGGCAGCUUUCAGGUGACGACAGGCCUACAGGUCCCCAGCUCCGUGCGCUGCCUGCAGAAGCGAGGCAGUGCCACCAGCAGCUCCAAUACCAGCCUCACCUAGGCCAGUGCACCCAGCUGGGCUGAUUUUGGGGGCCACCACCAGGUCUCGGCUGUUUUCAGCCAGGCACCCUCUUCUCACUUGCUGCUUGGAGCCUUAACUCCUAACAGGGGUCACCAACAGGAAGCAGGAACCAGGGCAGGUCCUCCUCCCCACCUCACUUCCCAAUAAAGGUCAAACACUGGCCGGGUGUGCUGCUGGUUCUUGUAGAGGAUCUGACACUGGCUGUGCCUUGGCCCUCUCCAGACCUCA